UUCCUCUCCCUCCAGAUCCAUGUAAAAAAAAAAAAAAUAAAAUAAAAAUAAAAGACUUGCAACGAUGAUCUCCAAGGAUGCCAAAUCGAGUCUGCUGCUGCUGCUGUUCCUGGCGUGGGACAUCCUCCCCUGCACGGGGACGGCCUGGGCCUCCUCCUCCUCCCUCGGCCCGCGGCAGAGCCAGCGGCUGAAGAAGCUGCUCGAGAGGAGGCUCAGGGAUCUGGACGCGGAGAAGAGGAAUCUCAUCCUGGAUUCGCUGCAUCACGAUCGGGCGCAGGAGGAGGAGAAGAAGAGCGAGCGCGUGGAACGAGAACUGAAGGAGAUGUCGCAUCAGCUGCAGAGACUGGAGGAGAAAGUCGACUCCGACUCGGAGGAGAUCCACAAGCUCGUCUCGAAGCUCGAGAACGAGGGGAGGAUGGGGCCGCAGGUGGUCGUCGUCGCGGCCGGGGACGAAAGGGGAAACGGGAAGGUGAUCGUGAAAACGGAUUCCCCGAAACUCCCGCCCGAUCUCGGUGAGUCCGCCGACAUCAUACCUCUCCGAAACGAAACAGAUCGAGCGGCGAAGGCGAGGGAAGGGAACGGACGGAUCGCUCGGCCCGAGGCCGUCUGA